GGAUUACAAGUGUGAGUGCAAAAUAGAAGAGAAAAAUCGACUAACCGAACGACGACCCAUAGAAUCCGAUCCGUAAACCUUCUUCCUCCUUCCAAAACCAAUCAAACCCUAAUCUAAUCUAAUUUGCUCUGAUCUUUUCCGAUUUGUUCCUGCCACGCUUGUAAUCGAUUUUGUUAAUAAUUUCGGCCAAUUUGAUUUCGAAAUCGUUCACGUGACUGUUCUCUGCAGAUCAGAUUUCAUUUGAUGGUGUGAGGAUUUAUUGAGAAGUGGUGGUAUAGUCAUGGGCAGCAGUGAGGUGGAUAAGCAGGCUAGAGAAAAGGAAGCAAAGACACCGCCUGCUGCUACCACACAGGAGCAAACUGCAACUACUAGCACUGGCAGCGUGAAUCCAGACUGGUCUGGUUUUCAGGCAUAUUCUCCUAUGCCUCACCAUGGGUUCUUGGCAUCAAGUCCCCAAGCUCCCCCAUACAUGUGGGGGGUUCAGCCUCUUAUGCCACCCUAUGCUACCCCACCGCAUCCAUAUGUUGCAAUGUAUCCCCAUGGAGGCAUAUAUGCCCAUCCAUCCAUUCCGCCGGGAUCUUAUCCUUUCAGUCCUUUUGCAAUGCCUUCCCCAAACGGGAUUGCCGAAGCAUCUGGAAAUACUCCAGGAAUCAUGGAAGCAGAUGGUAAACCAUCUGAUGUGAAGGAAAAGCUACCCAUUAAAAGAUCAAAAGGAAGUUUGGGUAGUUUGAAUUUGAUCACUAGAAAGAAUAAUGAACUUGGUAAAACAUCAGGAGCAUCUGCUAAUGGAGCCUAUUCUAAAAGUGGAGAGAGUGCAAGUGAGGGUACAAGUGAAGGAAGUGAUGCCAAUUCUCAGAAUGGCUCACAGAUGAGGUCAGGAUGCAGGCAAGACUCUGUGGAAGGUGAAGCGUCUCAGAAUGGCAGUUCUGCACAUGGUUCUCAAAAUGGUGGACCAAAUACACCUCAACCUAUGGUGAAUCAAACAAUGGCCAUCAUGCCAAUUUCAGCUGCUGCUUCUUCUGGAGCUGUUUCUGGGCCCACAACAAACUUAAACAUUGGAAUGGACUACUGGGGUUCUCCAGCUUCAUCCAAUAUGCCUGCAAUAAGAGGCAAGGUUCCUCCCACUACUGUUACUGGAGGAAUAGUUACUGCCGGAUCACGGGACAGUGUUCAGUCACAGCUUUGGUUACAGGAUGAACGAGAGAUUAAGAGACAGAGAAGGAAGCAGUCCAACCGAGAGUCUGCACGUCGCUCUCGGUUGCGUAAGCAGGUGGAGUGUGAUGAGCUGGCACAGCGUGCUGAAGGUUUGAAAGAGGAAAAUACCAAUCUAAGAUCAGAAGUGAAUCGAAUCAGGAGCGAGUAUGAGCAACUUCUUGCAGAGAAUGAGACUCUCAAGGAGCGACUAGGGGAAGUUCCUGAGCAAGAAGAUGUAAGGUCAGGUAGGAAUGACCAACAUCUGAGCAAUGAUACACAACAGACGGGACAGAGUGAGCUGGUGCAGGGUGGUCACUAGGAGUGAAUGUGGCUGCCUUGGUGCUGAUUUCCAGGAGCAUGACCUAACCAAUUAGCAACAGAAAGUUGUUGUUUUGCAUAGAAUGUAGCUUAAAUUUAAUCAAAGCUGACCGUUUCCUUUUUGGAUAGUUGUAGGAUGUGUUUCUCUCAUAGCAUCCCUCAUUCCCGGUUGAGCCUAUUUACAAAAUGAAGGCCUGGGAUGAUAUGUGGAGUGUGAAAUUCUGGCAUUACCCUUUGUCUGUUUAAAAAGAGUAGCAGCAAGCAAGCCAGAUUUUUAAGAGUGAUCUAUUUGUAUUGAAUAUGAAUAUGAAUGGUUGAUGAUGAAUUUGUGACUCAAGGAUUAAAUCAACCUUAAACAAAUCCUUGUAAUACAUCUUGUUUUUGUAUCCA